GUUAUUAUUUUGACUGCAAAUUUUAUGUUUUUGUGAAUUUUUUAAGUCUUAAAAAAUGAAGAUAACAAUACUUUCAAUAAUAUUUUUGGUCGUAGCAAGAUUUUAUGAAUGCCAAUGCGAAUGUCCAUAUAUCCAAAGUCAAGAAUACUAUUUGGCAAGACUACAAUAUGAGCCACUUACAUAUUUUCAAAUAUCAAAUUCAACAUCUGUACAAAUUGUUCCUGAUGAUACAAUCGAACUAACAUCGACAAUUCUAAUACGAAAAAAUAAUAGUGUUGUAAAUUAUCUAGAUAUGUCGAAUGGUCAAAUUGAAACUAUAAAACCAUUAGCAUUCAAUAAUAUUUCGAAAUGUUUACACUAUUUAAAAUUAAUAAAUAAUAACAUAUCGGAGUAUUUAUUACCAAAUGCUUUCUCUUCGUUAAAUGAUUUAAAGUAUUUGGAUUUAAGCCAUAAUCGUAUUACAAAAGAUUGGGCAUUUCAAUCAUUACCAAAAAGUGUGGUUUAUUUAAAUAUAAGUCAUAAUUAUUUAAGUAAUAUUGAUUUAACUUCAUUUAGUGAAAAUAAUGUUAACAAUCUUAACUUAGCAUAUAAUUAUUUAACAAAUAUUUUUAAUUAUUUAACUUCGAUAUUUAUUAAUAAUACAAAACUUAGCGUAUUAAAUCUAGCACAUAAUAAGCUUCAGACAUUAGACUUGCAUAACUUUAAAUUCGACAAAUUAAGUGUAUUAAAUGCAUCAUUUAAUGGAAUUACUUUAUUUAAUGGUUCUUCAUUAGAUCAUCUUUCAGAUUUAGAUUUAUCUUUCAAUUCUUUGAAUGAUUUUCAACAUGUAAGUUUCCCUCGAGGCUUAACACAUUUAAAUUUAGCUGAUAACUAUUUCGAAAUUAUACCGAAUAAUACAUUUUCCGAUAUAUCUGUUUUAUAUACGCUAAUAUUAAAAAAUAAUCGAUUAAAAACAAUUGACAAAAAUACAUUUAUGGAUUUGGAAUACUUAACAUAUUUAGAUUUAUCUAACAAUAAUAUAGAAAGUAUACCAAAUGGAACAUUUAGCAUGUUCAGUGAUGCAUGGGGGCUAAAAACAUUAUUAAUAUCAAAUAAUGAAAUAAAAACAAUCGUUUCUGGGAGUUUUGUGGGUUUAAAUGAACUAAUAGAAUUAGAUUUAUCAAAUCAAAAUAUAGCUACAAUUCCAUCAGAAGCUUUUAAAGGAUUAGAUAAUUUAGAAACAUUAAUAUUAUCAAAUAUUAAUUUGCGUUCAAUUGAAUAUGGAAGUUUUAUUAAUUUAAAUCAAUUAAAAACGUUAGAUUUAACGAAUAAUUACUUAGAAAAUAUACCCAGUGGAGCUUUUAAGGGUUUAAAUUUUGUCGAUAAUUUAUAUUUCACUAAUAACACGAUACGAAAAAUUGAGUCAGCAAGUUUUUAUGGUUUAAAUAAUUUAAAUAAAUUAAAUUUAUCCAAUCAAAAUUUAAAUAUAAUCGAAACGGCAGCUUUUAAAGGUUUGGAUCAUUUGUUAGAAUUAGAUUUAUCAAGUAAUUAUUUAACUUUUAUACCCAAGGGAACGUUUCAAGGUUUAAGUUAUUUACAUACUUUAUUUUUAAUGGAAAAUUUAUUAAAUACAUUAGAAGAGGGAAGUUUUGAUGGUUUAAAGCAUUUAGAUGAAUUAGAUUUAGCAAAUCAAAAUUUAACUUCCAUACCAUUUGGAGCAUUUAAAGGAUUGGAUGAAUUAAGAAAAUUAGUUUUAUCAAAUAAUGGUCUAAAAUCACUUCAAUAUGGAAGUUUUACUGGUUUGAAAAGGUUACAAACGUUAAAUUUAACUAGUAAUUCUUUAGAAUCCAUUCCUAAUGGUUCUUUCUUAGAUUUAAAUUUUUUGUUAAUUUUAGUAUUAACCAAUAAUUCUAUAGAAACAUUAGAAAAUGGAAGUUUUAGUGGUUUAAUACGAUUGGGGCAAAUAGAUUUAAGUGAUCAAAAUGUAAGUGUCAUUCCAUUAGAAGCUUUUAAAGGUUGUGAUGCUUUAAUCUCAAUAUUAUUACCACGAAAUGAUUUUAAAUUACUAGAAUAUAUUAAAUUUGUCAAAAAAUAACUAUAUUGAAUAUAGAACGUUCUUUAAAGUAGUCCCGCUGUUUGAGUAAGUACCAUGAAUAUUCAUUUUUUCUUGCGGUAGAUGGUCCCUUGAUCACAAUAAACACAGUUUUGAAUUAUUUCAUUUUUAAAAUUGUGACUUUUAACACUUUAUGGAAGAAC